AUGGACGAUCGGCAAUCGGCGGGGGAGUCUCAUAUCGACCCGCCGCCUUCCUACCUUUAUGCCCUCGAGCAAGGGGAGCGGAAUGGCGAAACUUGUACAGAUGGUAGGGUCAACGUUGAUCCAGGUUCACGCCUCGUCAAGUCUCUUUCGUUAUUUGUACCAGACUGGAAAUUUCCCGAAGGACCUGAAGCAUCUCAAUCAGCCGCUUCGGGCUCGGAAGAGCCGCCAGCAUACAGCCCACUUGCUCCCACACCAAGUGCCGCGAACGCGAAAGAAGGAUGGUCAUUUCCUCUGAACAUCGUGAUACAGGUUGUCGGUAGUCGUGGCGACGUACAACCUUUUAUUGCGCUUGGGAACGAGCUUCAAAGAUAUGGCCACCGCGUUCGGCUUGCUACGCAUAAUGUGUUUGAGGCAUUUGUGACCAGCUGCAAUCUCGAGUUCUUCCCCAUUGGAGGCGACCCGGCAGAGCUAAUGGCUUAUAUGGUCAAGAACCCAGGGCUUCUCCCAGGCAUGAAGACUUUACUCUCCGGGGAGAUUGGUACAAAGCGGGACAUGGUUGCAAGUAUUCUCGACGGCUGCUGGAAAUCAUGCAUAGAACCUGACGGGAAAACCGGACGGCCUUUCGUUGCAGACGCCAUUAUCGCCAACCCGCAGAUCAGCGAGGAUACGCGACAAAAUCUAAACUGGGUGUCGUUUGCGUUUGUCGAGUGGAUGACUUGGCAAGGUAUCGGGGACCUUGUCAAUGAUUGGCGACGCACCCUUGAUCUCGAACCGGUGCCGUUCACAGAGGGCCCGUUACUUGCUGAGAAACUCCGCAUUCCGACAACCUACUGCUGGUCGCCAGCCUUGAUACCAACACCUGUCAACUGGCCAGACUUCAUGGACGUCUGUGGAUUCUUCUUCCGCGAAAAACCACAAGAUGCUCCUCCCCCUGAGCUUGCAAAGUUUCUCGAUGACGGGUCCCCUCCCAUCUACGUCGGAUGUGGCAGCAUUGUCAUUGAUGACCCAGAAAGGCUGACCGAGAUGAUCCUCGGGGCGGCGGAGGCGAUCGGCGCACGACUCAUAGUCUCCCGGGGCUGGAGCAAACCAGGAGCUUCUCGUGACAGCAAUGACCGUGUGAUUUUCAUCGACGGCUGCCCUCAUGAGUGGCUCUUCCAGCACGUGGCUGCAGUGGUUCACCAUGGUGGUGCUGGCACUGCGGCAUGUGGCCUUCGCUUUGCCAAGCCGACUUUCAUCGUGCCAUUCUUUGGGGACCAAUUCUUCUGGGGUGAAAUAGUUGCGCGUGCGCGCGCCGUGCCGAAUGCUAUUCGGCACAAAGACCUGAACUUAGAGAAACUUGACCGAGGCCUUGAGCUAUUGUAUGUCUCCUGA